GUUGCGCUAAAGUGAUUUGACCACGGAUUUUUCGGGGCUCCGAGUUCAGACGAGAUACACAUACGCGCACUCACACCGUCUUACGUUUCAAAUAGGCAGCAGCGAGACGGAAAACAAAAUGUCGACCAUUUGCCUUUUCCUGUAUUACUUUUUCUGACCGAUCUGUAAAAGAUCUGAGCUGGGGAAAUGAAGUUCCGAGCCCUAAUGCAGGACCCGCAGUACAUGCGAGAAUUUCAGGCUAUUGUGGCCACAUUGGCCAAACUGGCAAAGGAUUGCGUGAUGAUCCUGGGCCCUCGGCAGAUGCACUUCAUCGUGAACGAGGAUCAAAGCUCCACUGCAUCACCAUUGGUUUGGGCCAGCAUUGCAGCCGAGGAGUACUUUCCAGAGUAUCGCAUGGAAGCAGCCCUUCCGGAACAUGAAUUUAUAGUUCUGAGCAUGUCUUCGGCGAGUCUCGGAAGAGCUUUAUCUGUGCUCCGGAAUGUAGGCACUAACAACUGCAAAUUUAAGCUGCAAAGAAUUCAGUUUCCGUGCAUUUCCGUAAUAGCCACCGUGCUCUUGUCUUCUUCUACAGAAGCCCGAGAAGUGGUACACGAUGUUCCAGUGAGCAUAAUACCGGCCAGCGAUUGGCCUGCUUAUGUCGUUCCAAAAGUUCCAAACUCGCAAUUGGUUCUGAGUUUGCCAACUUUGAGAUUGCUUCGAAGUCUCAUCGAUAAACUAAAAAAUGUAUCUCCUAGCCUGGAAUUCCAGGUCAACAUUGAUGGAGAGCUCAAUGUUAUAGCUACUUCUGAAAUGUCCACUGUGACCAGUCGUUUUCAGAAACUAUUGCUACGAUCUCUGGAAGCUUCCCAGCAGGAGGCAUCAUGCUGCGUGGAUUCAAGGAAAGCCUCUGCCUUCUUCGGAUCUCUGCAAGUGUCCAAUGACGAACUGACCAUUGGGAUAGAUCGAGACCAUUCCAUCCAUAUGCAGAUCGAUGUGCGACAGGAUGUAGUACUGCACUCCAUUCUGCCCGCUGUUUGUGUUUAGCUAAAGAUCAGUUUUGAAUUUGAGUUAUUACCAUGAAAUAAAUGUGUCCUGAUGCUAAGUGAAAA